AUCCAUGUGUGAUAGUAUCAGUGAUAUUGGUUUACGCACAAAACAAAAGUAAGAAAAAAACUUGUAAAGGACACAUUACAUAUUCCAAAACCAUCACAAAAGAAACCCAAAGCCAAACCAAUCAACAACAAAAAAAAAAGUAAAUAUAUUCUUCACUAGUACUUCUUCUUUUUUAUAUCAUUAUUCUUAGUCCUAUUUUUCUUCUUCAACUAUCCACAAUCCACCGCCACUAACCACUAACCACCCACCAUACAUGGCGCGGGAACGCAGCGCCAACCUCUGCACGUGCUGCACAAGCUUCAUCACCAGCACAGGCCUCAUAAUCCUCUUCCUCUGGCUCACACUCCGAACUCAACAACCCAAAUGCUUCCUCCAAUCACUCUACCUCCCCUCCCUCAACAAAACCAUCACUUCAAACCACAAACACUUCUCCAACAACAACAACACCGUUGUCUUCAACCUCAAACUCACCAACACAAACAAAGACAAAGGUGUCCUAUACCACACCGUAUAUAUCACAUUCUCCCUCUUCCUCGACGCCAAGACCACGCGCCCACUCGCCAACACCACUCUCGACGCUUUCUACCAAGGACAUGGUAGUACCACCCAGAAAUGGAGCUCCGCUGAAGUACACGGCGGUGGAGUCAACCGCACGCUGAACGGAAGCGUCUUCGUACGCGUGGAUUUCGCCACGCGCGUUAACUAUAAGAUUAUGCUUUUUUAUACCAAACGACACCGUUUGUCUGGAGGGGCAAAUGUGGAAGUUAAUGUUAGCACCGGAGAAAAAGUGGACCCCAAAAGAAUCAGGCUCGGUAAUAUCCCGCCUCGGGUCGGAUCCCAAGCUGCCUCGCUUCGUGUACAAUGGAUUGCUCUUUCUACCUUUUUAGUUUCUCUAUGCUUUUACUUGACUUACUAAUUUGCUUAAUUUUUUGUUUUUUAUAUUUUUAAAAUUAUUUUAUUUUUUAAUGUAUUUUAACAAAGUGAUUGAAAUUAAUUGAAUAAUAAAUUCAAUUAAUCACGAAUAGUUGUAACUUGCUUCAGACACAACCGUAAGUUAUAAUAAUGUCUUGACUUUUGUCUGAGCUAAGAUUUAUCGCAUUUAAAAAUACAA